AGGGAUAUAAAAAAGUUAUUGCAAUGUUGCAACAGCAACUGUUCCUCACGUAUGUGCGGUAGCAAUUUGAACUCCUGAGCAAUGGUAAAACCUUGGAUGUAAACGCCACAUCACGUGAAUGACAAUGAGAUCAAUUUUUUUCCUAGCGUUUGGAUUGUUAAAAACUGAUGUACCAGGUGAAUUUCGUCAUGCUCUCUCCGAACCUAGUCAAAUGAAUUAAAUUUUUGGGGCAGUAAUUUUUAAUGUAAUUUCGAAGCUGGAAAUACUUACGGCCCGGUAUGAUAAUAUGGACUGGGCGUAACGUCACUUUCACAUUCUACCUACAGAUCACAGAUCUUGGCCACAGCACCAUGUGACGAAUCAAAUCCGAAAAUUUUCAGAUGGAAAUAUUUAACACCUAAAACAUCGUGACGUAUCUGACAGAAAGUGUAUGAGUUACGUAAAAGCCAGGACGUUAAUCUUGUCAUCUCUUUUUAGUUGUGUAGUCAAUGUUCUCUUCUCAAAAACUGGUCCAUAUUAUGACGUCAAUUAUUGUACUUUGUUAUUUGUUACUAAACGUACCCACAUUUGCAAAUUAAAUAUUAUUAAACUUAGUAUAGCUGUGGUAUAAUAUAGCACAGAAUCUGGAACUGUGUUUACUACAGUACAGUACAAUUAGAUAAUGGCUGCUAGUGAAUGUGGAUGGUUAAUCAAAAAGGAGGUGGAAUCUGUGGAAGAUAACCAUAUCUACUUUAGAGAAAGUGAUGCAUUCAAAAUGAAUAUCCCAAAAAAUGAAUUUGAGCCAGAACAAAUCAAAAGUGAAGAAGAUGUCACUGAAUUUGUUAAUUAUGAAAUGAAAUCUGAAAAAUGCUUGGAAGAAGUAAAAGAAGGUUCAUAUUGUGAAGUGUGUGGAGGACGAUUGCUUUAUUCAACAGAUUUCUUCAGCCCUGAUAAUUUGAAAUUCAGUUGUAUUUGUCAAUGCCAGAAUGAGUCUAAUGUCAUGCAAUGUGAAAAUACAAUGGAUGUGAAAACAUUUGGCUUUGGCUCAGAUUUUGGAACGUCUGUAUUUGAAACGCAGGAAGAAAAAAUGGCUGGGAAGGAAAAGGAUUUAAUCAAUGGAAAUGUGUUAUUAACUUCUUGUGAGAAAAAAUAUACUGUUGAAGGUGUACAUUUUGCUGAACACGAAAUGUCAUGUAAGACGGAGGAGAUUAAUGAAAUAUUAGGCUCGGGAUCCAACUUGAAUUCAUUUGCCGAGAGUAGAUUUCAUGAGAAAACUGGAGGUUGUUCAAAAAAUUUGAACGGAAGAACUGAUGUGGAAUAUUUUGAAAAGAAUCAUACAGAGAAGAUACGACUUCAUCAGUGUCAAUUUUGCUCCAAGUCAUUCAACCACAGAUGUUGGUUGAAGAAGCAUGAAAAAAUUCAUAGCGGGCAAAAACCAUUUCAGUGUAACAUCUGCUCAAAGUCAUUCAGUGAAAGGGGUAAUUUGAACAUACACGAAAAAAUUCAUACUGGCGAAAAACCAUUUCACUGUAAAAUCUGUUCGAAAUCAUUCAAUAACAGCAGUAAUUUGAAAAAACAUGAAAAAAUUCAUUCUGCUGAUAAAUCAUUUAAACCAUUUCAGUGUAACAUCUGUUCCAAAUCAUUCAGUCAUUCUGAUAUUUUGAAAAGACAUAAAAUAUUUCAUACUGGCGAAAAACAGUUUCAGUGUAAAAUCUGCUCUAAAUCAUUCAUUCAAGGAAGUGAUUUGAAAAAACAUGAAAAAAUUCACUCUGGCGAAAAACUGUUUCAGUGUAAAAUUUGCUCUAAAUCAUUCAUUACAAAUCACGAUCUGAAAAGACAUGAAAAAAUCCAUACAGGCGAAAAACCGUUUCGGUGUAACAUCUGCUCCAAAUCAUUCAGUAUCUGUGGUAAUUUGAAAACACAUGAAAAAAUUCAUACAGGCGAAAAACCAUUUCGGUGUAACAUCUGCUUCAAAUCAUUCAGUCUCUGUGGUAAUUUGAAAACACAUGAAAAAAUUCAUACAGCUGAAAAACCGUUUCAGUGUAACAUCUGCUCUAAAACUUUCAGUCAAAAAAUUCAUUUGAAAAAGCAUGAAAAACUGCAUACUGAUAAAAAACAGUGUUAAAUCUGCUGCAAAUGAUUUUUUUCAUGAAAGUUAUAGAAAGUUGCAUGAAAAAUUAUUUUAGAUCCUUCAGCAGCAUAUAGAGUUUUUUAUGUUAUUUGUGCAUGAAAUGGAGAACAUUAUAUUUCAAAUAAACGACAAAAUAUCGCA